CGCGAGAAUCCCAACGCCUAUGGUUUAUGCCGCAUAGCCACGACGUCGCCCGCCGCCGCCACCACCCGUUCCUCCUCCUCGACGAGUCGUCUGCGACAAUGGCAACCGCCGGCGCCGGUCCGACAGCGGCGGCCUCGGCGUCGCGCCAGCGGAUGCUUCUCCUGAUGGCGAACUACGCGGCGCUGCUGGUGGGGUCGGUCGCGUCGAGCCUGCUGUCGAGGUUCUACUUCGCGCACGGCGGCCGGAACCGGUGGGUGGUGACGCUGGUGCAGUCGGCGGGCUUCCCGCUCCUCGUCGUGGCCGUGCUAUUCGCCGGCCGCCCCGCCGCCGCGCCGCGCCCGUUCACGUGGUUCUCGCGGCGGUUCCUCGCGGUCUGCCUCGUCAUCGGCGCGCUCAUGGGCGCCAACAACCUGCUGUUCUCGUACAGCACGUCGUUCCUUCCCGUGUCGACGUCGUCGCUGCUGCUGUCGACGCAGCUCGCGUUCACGCUCGUGCUGGCCGCCAUCAUCGUCCGCCACCCGCUCACCUUCGUCAACCUCAAUGCCGUCAUCCUCCUGACCAUCACCUCGGUGCUCCUCGCCCUCCGCGAGUCCGGCGAGAGCCCCGAGGGCGGCGGCCGGUCGCACUACCUGAUCGGCUACGUCGUCACGCUGGGCGCCGCGGGGCUGUUCGCCGCAUACCUGCCCGUCAUGGAGCUCCUGUACCGCGAGGCGGUGUCCGGCGGGUUCAUCCUGGCCGUGGAGGUGCAGGCAGUGAUGCAGGCCAUGGCGUCGGUGGUGGCGGCGGCCGGGCUGGCAGCGAAGGGAGGCUUUGGCGGGGACGUUGCGCGCUGGGAGGGCUCCACCGCCCUGUACUGGGUCGUGGUGCUGACGCUGGUGCUGACGUGGCAGGCGUGCUUCAUGGGCACGGCGGGCGUGAUCUACCUGACGUCGUCGCUCCACAGCGGCGUCUGCAUGACAGCCGUGCUCGUCGCCAACGUGCUGGGCGGCGUGGUAGUCUUCGGCGACGCGUUCGGCGCUGAGAAGGGCAUCGCCACCGCGCUAUGCGCCUGGGGCCUCGCCUCCUACCUCUACGGCGAGUACACCAAGAAGAAGGAGGAGGACGCCGCCGCCGACCUCGACGGCGUCCAAAAGAGCCUCACAGGUUGCGGUGCCGCCGGAGGCGGCGAACUAGAAGCCGUCUGAAACAAACUAAGGGCCACUGGGGCACGGAUUCCAUGUGAUCCGGGGAGAAGCAAGAAUUUGCAACAGAAAAGGGUGCAGUGCCCCAAGAAACAACGUGGCAUUAGGUGCAGUGGUUGAGUCCCAUGUUACAUCGAUGGAUUACGCAAAGUUGCUCGCUAGGGACAAGAAGGGUGAAGUAACCCGACUUGUAACUGAUGAACAGUGUGCUGGUGGCUGCUAGCUGGCUAGUGAGGUUUCAUUACUGUCUGAUCAUCAAGGUUUAGUGUAGCAUGGAUGGGUGGAAUACAACAUGUAAUCUUGUAAACCUGCUGUACUUCAUCCUGGCUCAUUACCAUCACUCCAUCAGUAGAUGUUAUU